AUCCCCGCCCCCUAGAGAAACCGCCAUCAUGAAAUUAAAAACAAGAAACUGACAGAUGAGACGCAGAUCCCUGGUUCAUAACAAGGAUAAAUUGAUCGGCGGACAGACAGAGGUUUUGCAGAUAUGAGUGACGUGGCGGAGGAAGCAAUGGACAGCUCUGCGGUGUCAGAGGAAGAAGUGGAGGACCAGCAGGAGACGUCACAGGAAGACCAGUCGAGUCCGAACAAAAGCCGCUCCAAAAUAUCUGCUGCAGGUGAAAUCAUUGAGGGCAAACGGGCAAAGAAGACAGUUGAGAGGCUCGAUUUCCAGGCACCGAAGCAAAAGGAGAAGCUCAAGAUUGGGGAUGGUAGCGGAGAGAGAUUAGGAGAUAUUCCACGCACCGGCUACCAGAUCACAAAGAUGAAGCCGGCUGACCUGAAACCUCUGCACGCCAUCCUGUACGACAGACCAGGCAAGAUGGCCACUUUAAAGAAGAACUUGCGUCUGUUUAACGGCUUUCCUUUUGACGCGGACAGCGAGCAGUACACCAAAAAACGAGAAAAACUUCUCAAGAACUCAAAUUUUACAAACACCAAACUGAAGGUCGUCUGUGGAGUUUUGGAUCUGGAGAAGAAAGGAACCCACUCAGAUCUGGUGGACAGGAUCUUGACCUUCCUCAUCGCACCGAAAAACAGCGGGAAGCGUCUGCCCGUGAAGAAAAAGAGGAAGUCAAAGAAGAAGCUAUCAGGCGACGACUCGAAGGCCACGACCAAGAAGAAGAGCAAACCCAAACCCCGGAGCUCAUCGUCCAGCCCCAAGAAGUCCAAAGCGGGGAGCAAGUCCAAAGCCAUCGUCAUGGACUCCAGCAGCGACGAGGACGACGACGAGGAAGAUGAGAAGGCGGGGGCUUCAGCUGAGGCAGAGGGAUCAGACGCAGAGGACAAACCUUCAGAGAAAGAGGAGGACCAGUCUGACAAGUCAGAGGAGUCUGCAGAUGAAGAAGAGGAUGAUGAAGACGAUGAGUCUCCCAAAUCAAAGUCAGGCAGAGGAAAGUCCGCUCCCAAGAAAUCAGCGCCGGUGAAACGACAGAGGACACCAGCGAAGAAGACGGGUCCUCCUAAAAAAAGAGCGAAGAAAGAAGUUUCCGACGAGUCCGACUCUGACGACAGUGAAGCUGCUGAGAAGCCCAAAAAGAAGAAAUCAGCUCCAUCCAAACCUGCGGCCAAAACCAAGAAAGCCGACAGCAGCAGCAACAGCAAGAACAACACGAACACAGCGGAGGACAGUUCAGACGACGACGAGCCGCUCAUCAAGAUGAUCAAGAAGGCGCCGACCGACCAGCAGCUGAAGGAGACGGUGCAGAGUCUGCUGAAGGAGGCCAACCUGGAGAAGAUGACCAUGAAACAGAUCUGCCAGAGGGUGUUUGACACCUACCCAGACCACGACCUGACGAGCAGGAAGGACUACAUCAAACAGACCGUCAAGUCUCUCAUCACAUGAAGCUCUGAAGAGGAGUGACGGUGUGAAUGAUGCAGAAUGUCACGGGGAAGCUUCAGCGGACGCGACUGAAAAGCUCCUUUUUAAUUAGUUUCAUAUCAGUUUGUUUUCAUACAAACACUUUUAUACAUGAUGUUUUUUUAAUUAAUGUGAGGUUUGUGUAUAGAUUUUCAGAUUAACUCAACAGUGUUCAUCACAAGCAACUUUGUUUAAUGCUCUCUGGCAAAGUUACGAUUCACGAGAGAAACGACGUUUCAGGCUGAACUGCUGGAAGUCUUUAAGCGUUAAAGCAGCAGAAUAAAAGUCCGAAUCGUGUGUUUCUAAUCAGGCGAAGCUGUUUUUGAUUAACACACUUUAACUCAUUUUGUCUCAACUUUAUUUUUCUGGAUUUCUGUUUUGUGUGUCCUUGUUUUGCUCUGUCAGACGUUGUUGUGCAGAGUAAUUUACUGAUUAAAAUUGUACAUUUUUGAACAAAA